AUGCCUCAAGUUAAAGUAGAAGAAGCCGAAAGAUUUAUGGUAGAAAGCCUAGUGGCCGGCGGAGCGCCACUAUCAGAAGCGAAGGCUCACGCUGAUCUUUUAUUGCAUGCAGAUAUCGUUGGACAUUUUAGCCAUGGGAUGAAUAGACUUGAACUAUAUAUAAAUGAUAUGAAGUCCGGGGUUUGUAAUCCCGAUGUAGAGCCAGUGAUAUUGAAGGAAACAGCGGCAACUGCUUGGGUUGAUGGCUGCGAUGCAUUAGGCGCUACCGUUGGAAACUUCUGUAUGGACCUUGCGAUAAAGAAGGCCAAGGAGUGCGGGGUUGGAUGGGUUGCUGCAAAACGUUGUAAUCAUUACGGCAUGGCUGGUUAUUGGGCAUUGAAAGCUGAGAAAGAAGGUUUUAUUGGGAUGUCGUUCACUAACUCCGCUCCAAUUAUGGUACCAACGAGAUCAAAACAUAGUGCCUUAGGUACGAAUCCAAUUUCCAUGGCGGCUCCUGCGACAGACGGCGACUCAAUAGUUGUCGAUAUGGCUACAACAACCGCAGCCAUGGGAAAGGUCGAAGUGCAAAUCAGGAAAGGAGAGCCAAUACCAGAAGGCUGGGCUUUGGGCCCAGACGGCAAAACUACUACAGAUCCUCAAGUUGCGUUCGAUACAGCACGACUUAUGCCAUUAGGAGGUUUUGAGAAAACAAGUGGCUAUAAAGGCUACGGACUCAGUGCAAUGGUCGAAGUGUUUUGCAGUGGACUUUCAGGUUCCCGAGCCACUCACAAUGUACCAACAUGGUCCCAUACACAAACGGAAGCUCCAAAUCUAGGACAAUGCUUUGUAGCUGUUGAUCCAGGAUGUUUCGCCCCGGGAUUUGGUGAAAGGAUUGCUGAUUGCUUAAAUCACUGGAGGAAGUUAGAACCU